AUGGAUCCGACAUGGGAAUCACAAUUCCCACCGACGGUCUCCAAAGCUUGCAGUCGUUGCCGUGCACGGAAAGUCAAGAAUGAGCAGUGCAACAUCACCGACUGUGUGACUUACACAUACGCCGCUGUCAAAAGUCUGCAACACCGAAUCAGCCAGCUUGAAUUCAGACUCAACGCUAGUCCUGAAGGUACAGCAAGCCAACCUGCCCCGGUAGCUGAGACUGGCCAAUUCGACGAUGUUCGCAAAGCGGCCGAAGAGAUUGGUGUGCUGGCAAUUGGAAGGCCGAGCGGCUACUCGGACAGAAUAUACAUGGGCAGUGCAACCGGCUCGACCUUUGCCCGAAUCUUCUUCAAGCAGAUUCACCUAGUGGCAUCAACGUCGCGCUCAGCUCGACAAGAGCUCUCCAGCCAGGACCAUGAACUUGCCCGGAACAACGCUGCACUUCCCCCGCAGCCUGUCGCAAGAUUCCUCCUGACCACAAAUCACGGCGACGACCUUUGGCAGAUGAGUCGGUACGCCAUGUCAACAGCCAUAGAAAUGGGUCUUCACCGGCGCUCCACCACCCCGGGCGACCUAAAUUCUGAUGAUCGGGAGAUCCGAAAUCGGACCUGGUGGUGUGUAUAUACCUUGGAGAGACAGGUCGCUGUCAUCACCGGCCGGGUACUUUCUGUCCGAGAACACGCGAUAGAUGCGCCAAAGCCAUGUGUCAGUACCCUUGACGACCUCACAGAUUAUGAGGCUCGGGCAGCGCCAGUAUUUCAGAAGCUUAACGUCAAGCUUUUCAAUCAUUUAGUGGGACUUCGUCAGAUUGGUGGGCGGAUUCUUGAAUCCGUUUACAUCGCUAGGGGUACUGAUGGGCGAGCAUCGAGAAACACAUUCCAAGAGAUUUGCAACGAAGUCGGAAAGAUCCAGCAAGAAUUAGAGAGCUGGAAACGAGACAUGGAAUCCCUCAACGUGAAGGGAACACGCGAGUACUCCGAGAUGAAGAUCGAAUAUUCACUUCUCCUGUUGCUCAUGUAUCGACCAUCUCCCACGUUCAUGAUUCCCUCCAAAGAGAUGGUUGAGAUCUGCUCUCGGGCUGUGUCUGGAACCGUUCGGCAGUGGCUGAAGUUGGAGUUUCAACAUGGCAUCACUGCCAUUUGCGGAUGUGUACGACAAGUGCAUUCAAUCCUAAUGGUAGGACUGGCAGGCUUGUAUUGUGACUGGCACAUGAAAGCGAUGACCCAAAGUCCAGAAUCCCCUCUUCUUUACUCUCAUGGGAGUAAUGUAGCAUCAUGCAUGGACCUCAUCGAACGCGGAACAGCUCGAAUGAAAGAAGAAGGCCUGCUGAAGUACCGUGACCUUCUCCAAGCAGCGAGAAUUAAGGUAUAUGGCCCAACGACGUGGGAGCCACGAAGCGUGCAGACACAAGCCACAGAUGCAUCAUCCGUAGCUCCUGUGGAUCCAUCAAGCACCCUUGGUCUAAUUGGCCCAGACAACUUGCAGUCCCAUCUGUUCUUCCAAGGCGAUGGGCUAGAAACGUACAUGAACCAGGUUACAGGAUAUUUCGACAAUACUCAACUUGGGUUGGAUGAGGGCCUGACCGCCUGGUUUGGCACUUUCAUGGAUGAGUUACAAUCGAACCAGAAUAGGGAAUUGGUAUGA